GUCGGCUUUGACGUAGUGUCAUUCUUUACUUCAUAUAGGUCAGGUAUUGGCGUCUACGUUCAGCUGUUUUAACGAGUACGUUGGUGGAACAUACCAGUAUUUUUAUUAUGAACUGUAUAAAAAUGUGAAUACGAGCAGAUGUUUAUACUCCAUUCUGACAUACAUAGAACCAAUAGACCCAAACUAUUUCACUAAUACAUCCAAGGCAGUGCUUAAAUAUGGAACAUUCUAUGUUUAGGAGGACUUUACCUAGCUCAAUCCGAAUAUGGCCACUCCAUAGAGCAACAAAAUGUAGAAGUUUAUGUGAUGUUCAACAUUUGGUUGAAGGAGGGGCACUAAUUAAUGAAACGGAUUAUGAUGGUUGCACGGCUCUACAUAUAGCUGUACAUUCCAAACUCACAGACAUAGUCAAAUAUUUGGUGGAAAAGGGAGCUGACGUGAACGCAACAGAAGUGAGUAGAGGAAGAAGUCCUUUACAUUACGCCACUUUCAAUAACGAUCUUGAACUAGUUCGACUAUUGACAGAAUCAGGAGCCAAUGUUCAGUAUUCAAGUACAGAUGUUGAUAUAGAUAUGCCUAUCCUAUUUGCUGUAGAAGUAGGCAAUAUAGAAAUUGUGAAAUAUUAUUUAGAAAAUGGAAUCGAUGUAGAUGUUAAAUUAGGAAAAUACAAAAUGACCCCUCUUCAUAUUGCUGCCAGCAGGGGUUACAUCAAAUUAGUGGACUUUUUGCUGUUAAACAACGCUAAUGUGCAUCUCAAGGAUCUUCAGAAUCGGAGUUCAAUUCAUCAUGCUGUUAUAAGCGGGAAAGUUAAAAUUGUUCAUGACAUUAUAGAAAAAGGAGUUAAUAUAAAUGAUGGAGAUAUAUUUAAGUGGACUCCUUUAUAUAUAGCUUGUAGAGAGAACUAUUUCGAAAUUGUCAAAUUACUUUUUCAAAACGGUGCAAUGAGUAACCUAGAGGAAAGAUCAAGAAAUCGUUGUCCAGUCCAUUUGGCAACUGAAAUGGGUAGGAUAGAAAUUAUAAAAUAUUUUAUCAGCGGAGGUGUAGAUGUGAAUUUGGGCACAACUGAAGAAUGUACUCUUCUACAUGUGGCUGCAAGAUUUAAACAAAUUGAAAUAGUUAAAUAUUUGCUUGAAAAUGGUGCAGACGUUAACAAGAAAAUUCAAGGGGUUACGCCUUUGUAUGUUGCGGUAGACAGCUCGUGCCCAAAUGUUACAGAAUUGUUAAUUCAGAAUGGAGCUGAUUUAAAACUAGCUGAAUGUGAAGGAGAAUCAAUUUUAUCGUUAGCUUUGGAAGUUGUUAGAGCUUAUCGGCCACGUAAUCACACGGUCGUUGUAAAAGUAAUAAUCAAAUACACCGUUUUAAUCUACAAUCCCAUUGAACAGUUUAUUCCAGAUGGUUGUCCUUUCUUUGAAGAAUUAACGCAAUACUGCAAAGACUGUCAAAAAGAAAUAACGGGUAUGAAGAAUGUGAUAAUAAAGAAUAGUACUAUUUCAUUAUAUCAAAUAAUUUGCGACUCCAAUAAACAUAACGCGUUUAUUAAAUAUCUAUGUAACGACAAUAUUAAAAACGAGAUACAAAAUAUUGAAGAUUGCCUUAAAGAGUUUUCGAUAUAUAGUAAUAUUAAUCCGUUGAUACAAUUCAAUAUUAAAAAAGGUAUUCAAAGGAUGGAAUUAUUUAAAGAUGCUGACUUGGCAAUGAAGAAAUUUGUACCUAAGUUACCGUUGGAAAUUAGAUGGAAAAUAUUGGACUACUUAGACUUGACUGAGAUUAAAAAUGUGAUACAAUCCGAUGUAUUUUAAUAAUAUUUAAUAUUUAUUUUGUUUCUUUUAAAAAUGGUUAAUAAUUCAAUCAACAUAUAGGGGCCCUUAAUACUAGAUGGACGAAAUAUAGGAGUAGGUUGAAAAGACCACGCUAUAGCAUUCUGAAAUCUAAUAAAUAGGUAUGUUUAAAAUUCGGUUAGAACUAUUUAGCCCAAUAAAUGACCGUUUUAGAGUUUAAUUUUCAGGGGCAAGUCCGAAUUGCAUGAAAAUUUGGAUUUAGGUUCUACCUACCCUCCACUUCAAAGUUUAAUUUGUGCCGUUGGUUGCUUUGACUUUCGGGGUGACAGUCACCCCUUGUGGGGGUGAAAAAACAUACGUUCAAGAUAAGCCCGGAAAUGGAUAAAUUGGUAGAUUAUAAGCAACUUUCAUUUUAUAGCGUUUUUUAUGUAAGUAAAAUACUUUUCGAGAUAUUUGCGAUUGAAAAUGUUUAUUUUUCGACAAAAAAACUACGUUUUCAGCUGGUUUUCCGCAAAUAUCUCAAAAAGUGAAUAUUUUAUCCAAAAAAAUAUUCUUAGAAAAAGUGUAGCUUAUAAAAAAAAAACGAAAAAACUGGUGUAUCAGUAAAGUUUAUAAACAGAGUAAAAGCAAAAUUGUAACUCAUGAAAAAUACGUUCUUAUUCGUCUAAUUCCAAAUCGAAUAUUUCAACGUGAAAUCAUCGGAAAAUUAAGCAAUUCUCGGUAAAAACUGAUUAACAUUUUUUAAAGUGUUUAAAAAAAGCUUUAUUUUUAUUUUUUACAAAAGUUUCUAGCGCAAAAAAUAAACGAGUUACGCUGAAAAAAAGUUGGCCCCUUUUUUUGGUAAAAAAAAUCGUGAAAAUCUCCUUCUAUUUAGCACCCUAAAUAAAAUUAAUCGUUACCGCUUUAGCAUUUACUUUAAAUGUAUGUAUAUUGUUUAUAUUUAUUAUCUGUAAGUUUGACCGGUUUGAAGUGCUUGUUUUUGAAAAAAUUUGGUUGUAUAGUAAAAAAAAUUUUUCUAAAAAUUUUGGAAAAAUUUUUUUUACGAAAUAACUUAAAAAGUAUUAGUAAUACAAAAAACCUCAAAGAGUAAAAAAAUGUAGGUUUUGUUGUUAUAAAUAUGCUAGUUUCAUUUUGCUUUUACGUAAGACAAAAAUUGGUUAAGAUAUGGCUAUUCAAAGUUUGCAUAUACUCGUGUAUAGUGACUCGUUCAAGCCCUUUCAACUAUAACCCAUUCAAAAAUAAGCACUUUAAACCGGUGAAUCUGACAGAUCAUAUAAAAAUAAAAAAUUAAAGUAAAUUGUUUGUAAAACGGUAACGAUUAAUUUCAUUUGGGGAGCUAAACACGGGGAAAUUUUCAUGAUUUUUUUACCAAAAAAAGAGGGGCCAACUUUAUUUUGAGCGUAACUCGCUUAUUUUUAAUGCUAAAAACUUUUAUAAACAAUUAAAAUGAAGCUUUUUGUAAACACUUUUAAAAAGUUUAAAUGGAGUUUUCUCGAAAAGUGUUUAAUUUUUCGGCAAUUUUACGUUGAAAUAUUCGAUUUGGAAUUAGACGAAAAAUAACGUAUUUUUCAUGAGCUCUAGGUAAUUUUGUGUUUACUUGGUUUAUAGAUUUUGCUGAUACACCAUGUUUUGAGUUUUUUUAUAAGCCACACUUUUGCUAAGAACAUUUUUUUCGAUAAAAUAUUUACUUUUUGAGUUAUCUGCGGAAAACCGUUUGAAAACGUAGUUUUUUUUUGUCGAAAAAUAAACAUUUUCAAUCGCAAAUAGGUAUAUCGAAAAGUAUUGACUUACAUAAAAAACUCUAUAAAACGAAAGUUGCUUAUGAUCAGUCGAUUUAUCCAUUUCCGUGCUUAUCUUGAACGUAUGUCUUUUCGCCCCCCGAGAAGGGGUGAUUGUCACUCCCAAGUAAAAGCAACCAACGGCACAAACUCAACUUUGAAGUGGAGGGUAAGUAGAACCUAAAUCCAAAUUUUCAUGCAAUUUGUAGUUGCCCCUGUAAAUUAGACGGUAUCGCCGUAUUUCCCGUUCAUUUGCUGGGCUAAUUAUAAUUUUUAGCAGUCAACCAUCCAAAUAUUGUCAACUACAUCUGGUCCCGAUUUUGUUGUUUAGCAUGUGCCUAUUAUAUUAUUCUUAUUAAAAAAUAAACAAUAUAUUGUGUA